AUGGCUCCGUUCACCGAUUGGCUGAACGAUGAUGCCCACGAGUUUGCGUCUGCCAUCAUUGAAGCAGCUAGGAUGGUGCUCCUAAGGACAGCAAACGCAGCGGAAGCCUCUGCAAGGCUCACCAGACCCCGACAUCACGAGCAUGCAGAGUACCAUUUCCGCGUGACAAACCUGAAAAGGGCCGCGGAGACCUUUACGGCCCUCUAUGUAACCAGAACUGGCCCUGACGUGACCCCAGGUACCAUCGUUCAUACCGCAACAGAUCAAAUCUGGUUUUGUUGCAACAUCAGUGGCCGUGCCAGUAUCAUCUGGGUCGUGAACCAAGAUGCAGAUGAAGCGGACCCCACAGAUCCGGUACCGACCUGGUAA